AUGACACUAGCACCUAGCCAUGCAUAUACCGUUGCUCUGGUUACAAUACUUUGCACCUUGCUUUGCCUAGCUUUGUUUCUCUACCGAGUCAAAGCAACUUCGCUCAAGAAAACCGAGCUGCACCGACUGCCGCCAGGGCCGGCAGGGUUGCCUGUUCUUGGCAGCAUGCACUGUCUGGUUUUGAAAAGGCCGGUGUUUCGAUGGAUUCAUCGCCUUCUCAAGGAUAUGAACACCAGUGUCCUCUGCCUCCGCUUUGGAGCUGUGCAUGUUGUAGUAGUUGCCUGCCCAGAGAUUGCCCGUGAGGUUGUUAGAAAGAAUGAUGCAGUUUUCGCAUCUCGCCCCCUGACAUUCGCCUCUGCGCUGUUCAGCUUUGGGUACAAGGGCUCAAUCCUGUCGCCGUCCGGGGAGCAGUGGAAGAAGAUGAGGCGGGUUCUCACCUCUGAGAUCCUAUCGGCAUCAAUGGAGAAGCGACUGCAGCGCCUGCGAGCGGAAGAGGCUGACCACCUCAUCAGGUUCGUGUACAACCAAUGCAGUACAUCAGCUAAUAGAACUAACAGCGGCAUCAUUGAUGUACGCCAUGUAGUCCGGCAUUUCAAUGGUAACAUGGUACGGAGGCUCGUGUUGGGCACGAGACACUUCUUUGCUGCUGCUGUUGGUGCUGGCAACGAUGGCAGCAGGUGCCCCGGUCCUGAGGAGGUGGCGCAUGUUGACACGCUCUUCACACUGCUCAACUACUUGUACAGCUUCUCUGUAUCAGAUUACAUCCCAGCAGCUGCUGCUGUGUGGGUUACUGCCGUCGACCCGGACGGUCAUAAGAAGGUUGCCAAGAGCGUAAUGAAGACUCUAAACAGAUUGCAUGAUCCCAUCAUAAAAGAGAGGAUCCAUGAGUGGCAUAUUCUUCGCAAACGCGGGGACAAGAGAGAGGCCAGAGAUUUUCUUGAUGCCCUAGUUUCUCUUGAUGACUCACAAGGGCGACCUCUUUUAUCAUUUGAUGAAAUAAGAGCACAGACAGCGGAGAUCAUGUUUGCAAUUAUUGACAAUCCAUCAAACGCGGUUGAGUGGGCAUUCGCGGAGAUGAUGAAUAAACCAGAGGUGAUGCACAAAGCAAUACAAGAACUCAACAGUGUGGUUGGCAAGGGCAGGCUCGUCCAAGAAUCUGACAUCCCUCACCUCAACUAUCUCAAAGCAUGCAUACGGGAGGCCUUCCGUUUGCACCCCUACCAUCCUUUUGUCCCUCCCCACGUUGCCAUGGAAGAUGCUGUUAUUUCUGGCUACCUCAUUCCCAAGGGCAGCCAUGUCCUUCUAAGCCGGGUGGGGCUUGGCCGGAACUCUGAUGUUUGGGAUACUCCUCUCCAGUUCUGGCCCGAGCGACAUCUCAUGAUGGACAACAAGUUAGAGCAUGCCAAUGUGGUCCUCACCGAGCCGAACCUUAGUUUCAUCUCGUUUAGCGCAGGUAGGAGGGGAUGCCCAGGAGUGUCACUUGGCACCUCCGUUACAAUGAUGCUAUUUGCAAGGCUUCUGCAAGGGUUUACAUGGACAAAGCCUCCUGGUGUUCAUGCAAUCGAGCUCAAGGAAUGUACUGCAAGUCUCGCACUAGCUGAACCACUCUUCUUACAAGCUCUUCCUCGUUUGCCGUUGCAUCUUUAUGCAUCAGAAUAG